AUGCCGGGUCACUAUUUAGAGCAGAAUACAACGAUCACAUUAAAGAAGAACUCAGGGCAAAUCCGCUGCAAUAUCUAUCGGCACAAAGAUGUCAAUAGGUCCCCCAUACUAGUGAACUACGGGCCAUACGGCAAGGAUAUCCAAUACAAAGAGCCGGCCCCCGGUGUCCUAGAUAUCGCAUCGCGUGCCACGAGUGAAGUAUUCGUCGAUGACGUAGAUUGGGCCGCACAACGGUCGUGGUCUAUGGAAGUCGGUCUUUUAGGUAUCAGCUACUAUGCUGGUGGUCAGUGGCGAGUGGCAUCAAGUCAGCCCAAAGGCCUGGCCUGUAUGAUUCCCUGGGGUUUAAUCCAGAUUACUACCGUGACCGGUGUCGCCAUGAAGGCAAUUCUCCCAAAUACUUUUAUCAAGUGGUGGUGGGAUCGCCAAGUGAUCGGCAACCAAUAUGAACGAACUGGGCGUGCUGGUGACCUGUCUGAGAAAGGAUUGCUGGCUAAUCACAAUGACCAAAUAAUUGAUAAUGUUAAGAACAGACUCCGCGAUGAGCCGUACUACGCCUCCAGGGAAUAUAAUAUGGAACACAUACAAGUCCCACUGCUUUCCUAUUUACGAUUCAUCACUGGACGUCAUGAUCUCCCAUUCUACUACCAUGAAGAGGUGGAGCUGCAAAGGAGCUUCCUUGAUGCUUUCCUCUGGGGAGAAGACCGAGCAGGCUGGAGUACUGGGAAUGUCGGCUUCGACAACGCCAAAGCUGAGAGAUUCUUUCUCACCCUGGAUUUUCGGUUGCAAACUCAAGCGCCUCAGUCGGGCUUAGUGAAGCAUAUUUAUCGCGCAGACGGUGGUUACUGGCCACAUCGUCGCUCAUCUCUGAACGUCUUUGUUUGUCCCGACGAAGGUGGUCCACUCUCAUCUGAAACUGACCUCUUCCUGACACUGCGUUAUGUCUCCCCUUCUGGGGAAGAGAUAUACUACACUAGUACUGUUGGAGACCCCACCCCACUGACCAAAGGUUGGACGCGCGUCAGUAUGCGCAAGGUAAACGAAAAGCAUCUGCGACACCGGGAGUAUCUGCCGUAUCGCGAUUACUACUCCACGGGCGUUCUCCCAGUCAUGCCCGGCGAGGUCUACCCGGUCGACGUGGAGAUCUGGCUGAGCAAUGUAGUGGUAGAGAAGGGCGGCACUCAGGCCUCGGAAAUUUUCAGGCACAAUUAUCCUACUGAUCGCUCCGCGGAAAAGCUGCAAGGAGAAAACCAUAUCCAUUUUAGGCCGGUAUAUGAGAAUUACGUGACCCUUCCUCUGAUUUCGAGCCUAUAA